UGUUGCACUUGAACCAUGGGGAAGACACAAGUCAUACUUGUUGUCCUAUUGGGGAUGGUAAAAGGGCUUGCAGCUCUGUCGUGUUUACAAUGUGGUACGUUCACCUGCCCUCCCCUGCCGAGCUGUCAGGGUGACGUCACCAAGGAUGCGUGUGGCUGCUGUGACGUGUGCGCUAAAAUUCCAGGUGAAAGCUGCGGUGGUCAAUGGAACAUUAGUGGUACAUGCUCCAGCGGACUGACUUGUGUCGUAGACCCAAAUGAACCUUUGGGCAACCAGGCUACUGGAACGUGUGCAUGUCCUCCAGACAGUAGUUGGAACAGCUGUGGGACGGCGUGUCCGAAAACAUGUGAGGGCCGUCCGUUCGCCUGCGCCGCGGUGUGUGUCCCCCGAUGCGAAUGUUAUCCCUGGUACGUGCUGGACAACGGCAACUGCAUACCAGAGAGCUUAUGCAGCAGCAAUGGUUGUAACUAUGAAGGCCAGCAUUAUAACGAUGGGGAUGAGUGGGCCGUACGGAACUCUCCAGGGUUAGUUUGCCGGUGUGACGGAACGCAGGUGGUCUGCUAUGUUAUUGACUGCGCUCCUGGCUACAGUCAUGUCAUCGGGAGGAACGGACUAACGGUGCCCAACGGGAUACACAGGCCGAGGUAA